AUGGACCACCCGGACGGGAAGACCGGCAUCGCGAUAUCCAUCGCGGGCGAGCACUGGGUGUGCCUCCGAGGGAUGUCCCCGAAGAAGGCGCUCAUCGUGCUCCUCCUCUUCGGCAGCGGCGCGUUCGUCAUCGGCACCGCGCUCGGGCUGUCGCUCUUCGACUGGACGUUCGACGUCCCGGAGGACGUUCGCGAGAGGGUACGGAACGCGACGCGCGUCGGGAUGGUCGUCGUGUACGCGUCCGUCGUCGUCGGCGUCGUGCACACGGUGUUCUUCCGCGACGCGCGGUUCUGGCUCAUGGAACCUAAACCCGAGCGACGCGCGAGCGGAGCGGAGGAGGAGGCGCGAAGGGAAGCGCUGAGGCGGCGAACGUCCGUGGACAUGAAAAAGAACAAGAGCCGCGGACGAGGGUAG